GUAUAGAUUUCUGAAGUUUUGUGUCAGUCAGUCGCGAUGCAGGCUCAUCAUGCUAUGCCGGACUUCCGGUGCCGGAACAAUUGCCAGCACAAGGAGUGCCAGCGGCAUGCCCCGCUGGGCAUCAUAGACCAGCACACGCAAUGCAAGUGCUUGGGUGAAGUGAAUGCCUCAUCGAUAUUUUUGGAGAAUGUGCUCGACUUGGCCAAUUCGUUGUCGCAAAUAAUGAUCAUUUGCGGCCUGCACGAAUGCAAGGCCAAGUCCACAGUUGACAUUAUAACGUACGCCUUUCUGCACUACGAUCAGGUGUGCUACUGCAUUGACACGGUGCCCAAGAAACGGCUACGAAAGGAGGACAUCUUCCACGAGCUGGGCAAAAAGUCAUUGAUGAACAAGGUGGAGGCCCACCUCGCCUACAACAUCAUCAAGCGCGGCUUCAAGGCCUUCUACUACGAGCCCAAGCAGGAGCUGACCUACGAUGAUCAGGGCAGGCCCAGCUACAAUGACGAGUGCGUGUGGGUGCAUGCGGCGCGUAAGACGGCCGAGAGCUAUGCACGCUUCGACGGCCUGUCCUGCAAUGAGCAGAUGGCGUACGAGGCCAAGAUCAAGAUCGUCUACAAGAAGUUCUACGAUCGCAUGCAGACACGCAAGCGCCAGCCGGAGGGUGAUGAUUGUAACUGUUGCUUCUGCGCCAAGAAGCGUGGACAUCUUGUCUAUGCCAAGGAGCCGGUGCCGUGCAGCACCAAACGCAAGCCGAAGCACGUGUGCCCGUAUUGCUGCAAGAAGAAGCGGAAGCAAUCGUACACCCAUCCCGCUCGCCCGUCCGCCAAGUGCCCCAAGUGCCACAAGUCGCGCAAGUUCUGUUGCUGCACCAAGAUGGACUUCAAUCUGCAAUGGGUCAAGAGUAUCUGGGAUCGUCCCGAUUUCAAUCAGUAUUACAAGAACGAAAUCGCCGAGAUCGAACAGCGUUUGGUCAAGGGCUCUUGCUGGCUGCCCCCAGAGCCAAUCGGCGCAGAUGGCGGCGAUGGCGAAGAGGCCGAGGAGGAGGAGGAAUUCUCACCGGAAGCACAAUUGGCUUUAGGUGGCAAGAACGUGGGCCUCCUGCCCAAGGAGGAUGAAGAAGAGCCAACAGAGCCUCCACCUCCAGCUGAGACCGAACCAGCUGCCGAGCCACCCAAGGAAGAGGACCAAUAAACCGUCAACAAAAUAUGCACUAAUUUUUACCAAAAAGGGAUUUAAUUGGGAAAUCAUCAGUAUCAUUAAAAAUUCUAUGUACUCUUUCAAAUCAAUGACUUUUUCUUUAGGCCCGACUUGAAGCGGAAUAAAAAUGCGAUAUUCAAGUCCUUCA